AUGGCCAUGUCAAAGAUCGCCACUAUUGCUGGGCUUCUCGCCUCUGCUAGCCUCGUUGCUGGUCACGGCUAUGUCACUGGGAUGACCAUUGAUGGAGAGGAAUACGGUGGAUGGCUCGCCGAUAGCUACUACUACGAGGACAGCCCACCAGACAACUACGGCUGGUCGACCACCGUCACCGACAACGGCUUUGUCGAACCCAGCGCCUUCGGCACUGACGACGUCAUCUGCCACAAGGGCGCUACGCCCGGUGCCCUUUCUGCCCCCGUAACAGCCGGUGGCAGCAUCGACGUUACCUGGAACACCUGGCCCGAGAGUCACAAGGGUCCCAUCAUCAACUACCUCGCUAAGUGCGCCGGUGACUGCUCCGCCGCCGACAAGACCUCCCUCGAAUGGGUCAAGAUCCAACAAGACGCGAUCGUCGAUGCCUCUACCAACACCUGGACCACGGACGAGCUCAUCGAGAACGCCUUCACGGCGACCGUCAACAUCCCCGCCUCCAUUGCCCCCGGCAACUACGUUCUCCGCCACGAGAUCAUCGCCCUCCACUCUGCUACCCAGGAGAACGGCGCCCAGAGCUACCCCCAGUGUCUCAACCUUGUCAUCAGUGGUGACGGCUCUGACAGCCCCUCUGGUACCGCUGGUACCAGCCUUUACACGGCUAGUGAUGAGGGUAUUGUCUUCGACGUCUACUCAAACCCUACCUCUUACCCCUUCCCUGGUCCUGAGCUUUACAGCGGAAGCUCGUAG